AUGGAAACUGGGGGUUCUAAUGGUGAGGGCGACCGCAGGAGCGAGCGGCGACACGGUGCGGGCGCAACGGUGUCGCGCGGCAUGCGGCGCCGCCCGCUGCUGCCGCUGCUGCUGCUGGCGCUGUUGCGCGCGCACGGCCUGCUCGCUGCGUCCGGAGGUAAGUCUCAACAGUUUUCUCUAGUCCUUGGUUCUUUUUCACUGUAG